AUGUCUCGCCAGUGUCCAUGCAACAAAUGCAAAGUCAAAUUCAAUGGAAACGGACCAUACGUCACUCAGCGAACAAUCCAAAACCAUUUACGGGCCGAAACGAUGGAACCUGCCAAUCGCCUUAAGCUUGCCCUGAAACAGCAUCAGUCAAAUCCAGUCACCAACACCCCGCAACCAUUGACUCCAACCAUUGAAUCCACGCAAAAAUUUUCUGCUCAUCUUGCUACCUUCCUCACACCGAAAUCGAAUCCCUGGACUACAAUUCUUGGCCUCAAAGAUCUCUUCAAGGCCAUCAAAAGGAAUCUAAACAGUGGCGAGAUGCAACUACCCUUGCUGAACGGACCAAAUUAUUCAAAUCGAACGGCGUCCGAUGGAAUGAUAGAGUGGCAUUGUCGCAAAUUAUGGGGCCUUGACUUAGUAGCAGCGAACUUGUCCGAAAGCCAAAAACGUGCCCAGCCUAGUCGUCCUCAUGCAGAAGAUUACUUCGAUGAAGACGAAUACGAAGAACACCUUGAUUGA